CGGGACAGAGCUUUUUUUGUGCAAGCAAGUCUCCAACACGCCUGAACCUGCAACAAGAUUCGAUUUUGUACUACAAGCAGACCAGCUUCGAUAUUUAAUCCCUGCUUCGCGCCACUACCGCCAACAUGUUGAUCAAAGUGCGAACCUUGACCGGCAAGGAAAUCGAGCUCGAUAUCGAGUCGGACUACAAGGUCUCUCAGAUCAAGGAGAAGGUGGAAGAGAAGGAGGGCAUUCCGCCCGUGCAGCAGCGUCUCAUUCAUGGCGGCAAGCAAAUGACCGAUGACAAGACUGCGGCCGAAUACAACCUUGUCGCUGGCGACACUCUGCAUCUCGUCCUUGCCCUUAGGGGGGGACGGCACUUUGAAUAAUGCUAAACGACGGAAGCGAAGCGAUAUGUCGACAUGUCUUAGGAAGCCGAGAGGAGAGUGGUAGAUAGGGAAAGCAAUAAGCAAGGGGGAGGAGCAGUGUAUUUGAGAGCAAGAUAUACGGGUCCUUUCUUCUGCCGAAAACGUUGGUACAUUUGGUCAUUUGAUAGAUUGAGCUAUACAAAAUAUAUAAGCUCUUCAUGCCG